AUGUUGGAAAAUAUUAAAUAAUUAUUGAUUCCUCAACCCAGGGAAAGAUAUGGAAUUUACCCAAGUGUUUUGAAAGAAGUGUUUAGUUAAUUAUCAAGGGGUGUUUAGAUUUACAUUUAUUUUACAAUCUCAAAAUUGCUCAUAACUCUAAUCUUUUUUGGAGAGGCUUUAAAAUGUGAGCUUUCAGAAUCGCAUUCGACAGCCACAACAUUGAUAUUGCAUAGCAUUUUCCUAUUAUACCACGAGUUCAAGUACAAGAUGGAACUCGAAAACAUUGAGAAAUUGAACUUAAUUCAAUAAGUGUUGGAAUAGCAAGGAAUGAAUUUAGAGCAGAUUCCUGAUAGAUAAUCCUUUAAUAAACUGACGAUGACAGUAAAGAAAUCAAUAUUUUCAUAAUGUCCUGAUUUGAAUAGAGAAUCGAAAUUUUUGAACUUUUUGGCUUAAGUGAUUAUAAUUCGAUUUUUUAUUUUGAUGUUGGAUUCUCCAUUUAAUUUCAAUAUGUUUGAAUUCUACUAAGAAACUUGUGAUGCGCAUUUAUUGAAUGUAAUAUUCAUAAUAGUAUUAUCAAUGUUUUUAGAGUUCAUCUUUCUGUAUUGUUUAGUGUUUGUUCUAGUGAUUGCAUUGCCAUUGCUUUGUUGUUUAUCGAUCUACAGAAAAGGGAAAUAAUUGUAUUCGAUUCAACGAUUGAAGAGGUACUUGGAGUCGAUUCCCCCACAUAAAUACACAGGAUUAGAUGACACUUGGGUGAAGGAGGACAAGAAUUGUUGUAUUUGUAUGCAGGAAUAUGCUCACAAUGAAAGUAUUCUGCAAUUACCUUGCAGUGGAUAACACUAAUUUCAUGAGAAUUGUGUCAGGAAUUGGUUCAAUGUAAGUGAGUGUUCUUAAGUGUAUAGAUAUCGAAUAGUUGUCCUAUUUGCAGAUAAUAGUUAGGUUGAAGAUUACAUUUGA